UAAAAUAUAUCCGUAUUAUCUAUUAUCAUUUAUUUACCUGUGAGGCUGUGCCAGUACCGGCUUCCAGUACAGUUCCAAAACCAAAGCACGUAACCUAGGCUCAAAAUGGUGAAAGCACGCAAAUAUGUGGUGAAGAAGCAUUUCCAGGGCCUGCCAAAGAAGGAUGACUACGAGAUUGUAGAAUACGAACUGCCGCCGCUGAAAGAUGGUGAUAUCCUGGUCAAAGCGGAAUGGGUCAGCGUGGACCCUUACCUGCGUGCGUACAACCUUCGGAACCCAGUACCCUACGACCAAUUCGGUUUCCAAGUCGGCCUGGUCCAGGAAAGCAAGAAUCCCAACUACCCAGCCGGAAGAAGGGUCGUGUCACACAAGGGCUGGUGCGACUACUGCAUCAUCAAUGAGUCCCAGGUUAAUCUCCUCAACGUUUAUCUACUGCCAGACAUGCACGGUCUUCCCAAUGAGCUUGGCGUUGGAGCUAUUGGCAUGCCGGGAGCCACCGCCUACUUUGGACUGCUGGAGCUCUGCCAGCCCAAGGAGGGCGAGACAGUCGUCGUGUCUGGAGCCGCAGGGGCUGUAGGCACUCUUGUAGGACAAAUCGCCAAGAUCAAGGGAUGUAGAGUCAUUGGAUUCGCCGGAUCAGAUGAUAAGGUGGCAUACCUAGAGAAGGAGCUAGAUUUCGACAAGGCCAUCAACUACAAAACCGCCGACAUCAACGCGGCCCUCAAAGCGGCGGCUCCGAAAGGAGUGGACUGCUACUUCGACAACGUUGGCGGUGAGUUGAGCAGCAUCAUCAUCGGCCAGAUGAACGAAUUCGGCAGAGUCGCCGUCUGCGGAAGCAUCAGCGCCUACAACGACGACCCGAAGCAGAUGCCCAAGGCCACCAUCCUCCAACCCAGCCUGGUUUUCAAGCAGAUCAAGGUCGAGGGCUUCGUGGUUCAUCGUUGGAGCCCCAAGGAGAAGUGGCCUCAGGCAUUCUCGGAUCUCAUCAAGUGGAUCAAGAGUGGGCAGAUCAAAACCAAGUCUCACGUGACCGAAGGCUUUGAGAAUAUUUUCGACGCGUUCGUCGGAAUGUUGGUCGGAGAAAAUACGGGCAAGGCCGUUGUUAAAAUAUAAGUAUCGUCUUUCGACUGAAAAUCUUAUAAAUUUCUAUCUUUUUUUUUAUUGUAAAAAACGAAGGGAGUAGAUAACUAUUUCGAUAACGUCGGUGGACAGAUAGUACUAGCGUUAAGUUAUGGGUCAGAUGAAUGAUUUCGGCCGAAUGUCUGUAAUUCUGUAUGUUUUUUUUUUUAUGAAAUAAGGGGGCAAACGAGCAAACGGGUCACC